CAGAGCGAGAUAGGUGGGAAUGUGGAACGAGCGGCAGAAGCGGGGAUGGAACGAGAGGAUAAGAUUGAAGGAAUAGCGAUAAAGACAAGGAAUAGGUAUGAAGAGAGAUCGAACCCCGUGGAGCGGAAAGGGCAGCGAACGUCGGAACGAAGCGAGAAAGACAAAGAGGCUUAUACGUAUAUAUAUAAAGAGAGAGAGAAAGGUAAAAGUCAGAAAUGAGAAGCGAGAAGGAGAACACGGGAUGAUUGAACGGCCGCGAGUGGGAGCGAGAGAAAGACGGGGAGAGAGAAGAGCCGAGGGAGAAAGGUGGGACGAGAGCGAGACGGAAUUAGCGGCGAGAUCGACGACGUAAGGAACGUAGGAAGGAACGAGAGAGGCUCCCGGUGUGUGUCGGUUCGCGCUUGCAUUGCUUUUCGAAGCUCGCGCGCGAAAGGUUCUUCGGCUGGCGAACGGUGCGUGAGUGCGUGUGUGCGCCUAUCCGAUAAACACACGUGAAAAUCCAGUCGGUCCUCUUUCGCGGCCGGCGUCGUAUCGGUCCCGAGACACCUCGCGGACCCGCUAAUCGCGCGUGGAAAGCUCGAGCCACCGGUGAUCCUCGCGGUUUGGUGCGCCGAUCGAUUCCGGAUCCCACUGCUCGGGACCCGGGGAACCGGACGUAUUCAUCGUCGGUCCGUCGUCGACGGGCCGUCCGCGGCGUUCGCUGAUGCCCGCGAGUCUUUGAGGUCAAGCGGAAUAACGGAGAGAAAGGGCCAGUGCAAGUUGGAGACCGUCCGAGGAAAGCGGAAGAAGAAGGAUCUCUGUUAGGGGUCACGGAGAAAGAUGUGGCAGUUAACAUUUUGGACGUACUUCCUGCUAGUCGCGUUAUCGUUGGCUCCGGUGCAGAGGGUCGUCGGGUGCAGUUGCAAGUUAAACCACCCCCAGACUCAGUUCUGCUAUUCAGAUUAUGUUGCUGUGGUGAGAGUGCGAAGAGAGAAGCCCCCCGUGUACGGCUACCAUACUGCCUACAACGUGAAAGUCAAUAAAGUCUUCAAGGAAUGGCGCAACGUGAAUCCCGUCAAUUUCUCGAGGCAGGAGAUUUUAUGGACCGCGUCCGACGACAGCCUGUGCGGCGUUCGCUUGAACGUCAGCGAAACCUACGUGAUAGGCGGUACGAUCAGGAUGGGGCAGAUACAUUUGUCAAUCUGUGGAAUGGCAAUACCGUGGUCACAAGUGCCGCCUAGACAACGGAGAGGAUUCAGGGGACUCUACCACCGUGGCUGCGCCUGCGAUGUGGCUUACACACCGUGGUGGCGGAAAGGCGAGGAUCUGGAAAACGGCGGAAGGAAGCGAUGUUUAUGGGAGAGCGAGCCGGGACCGAAGAAAUGCCAAGAAAAAUACGGAAUAUGCCUUGCUAGACCAGGUGGAUGCUCCUGGGUUCCGUCAGUGCCUUACAACGAGUGCAUCAAGGAGCACCAGCGGAAACGGGAGCAACAAAACCACACUAAGCCCAUUUCGCACAACGACAACGCGCUCGGUGAUCAGUCGGAAAGAAGAGGGCUGCUGCAGAUCGCGCACCCGGAAAGAAUAAAACCAGACGUCCCCGAGUUCGAUUAAUAACCGUUCGGAAGAAAGAACUUGUUGCCAAGUGGAUCGGGAUGUAUUUAUUUAUUCCAGAACCGUAGCGUUAGUUUUGUUGACUAUUCGCGUUUUCAUCCUCUGUAUCGCGUCACGUACUAUUUAUUCUCGCGUUUUACCAAAAGUAUUAAUUGGAAGGUUGUGUCAGCGAGUACAAAAGCCGUUCGUCGAUAAAUACGGGGUGGCAACGUCGAUUCAACGAUCGACAACACUGCUGCGGGCAAGUCUGAAGCACGUUGUUCGAAAAUUUUGAGCUUAAUACUAGAUUUUCUUUAUUGUAUCACUUUUUUCUUUUAGAAAAUAUACGCGUUAUUAUAUCUUCUGAUUGAAUCGGUGACACCGGAACUGAAGUCGAUGUUCUUUCUCUUUGAACACGUGGACAAUUAUUUUUUCUUAUUGUUGACAAAUUGAAUGACAAUGACUUACAAUAGUUUUUGAUGUCACCAAUUCAGUUAGUAUUAAAUGUCAAAACAUUGAUUUAUUCGGGGAAUGUUUUCAUGUUUAAAAGAAGUGCGUAACCUCUGAGCAGCUGUGUAUAUAUCGUAAUUCUCUGAGAAAAGCUUGAGACUGUCUGCAGUCGCUCGACGAACCUCUGAAUGUUCCAAGGCGCAUCGCGUUGUCAAAGCACCGCGUUCAAUUAUAUAAUUUUAAAUCGUUUAUCCGUUCCAUGCAUUUUGUCCGGUUGAAACGCUUGAAUUACCGGGGACGGGAGGAGAACCGGAGGAAGCGAUAUUCGAUGCACCUGGCAAAUCGAAAAGAAUAAUUCAUGAGGGAGCCCCCGUCGGUAAAUACCUUCGUUGAAGCUUUUAAUUUUCUCAUUGAAACCGACGCUGCCGGCCUCGUUACGUUUAAUUAAACAAUUCGGCCGGGACGGAUCCGCAAUUCAAAUCGGCCAUAACCCGCGCAAAAAUGU